AUGGACUGUAGCCUGCCAAGCUCCACUGGCUAUAGGAUUUUUCAGGCAAGAAUACUGAAGUGGGUGGUCAUUUCCUCCUCCAAGGGGACAGUCCCAACCCAGGGUUCAAACCCACUGAGUCAUUGGGGAAGCCACAAUAGUGCUAUAGUAGUGUUAAGUUUGGGUUUCUCUCAUGGUUCAGUUGGUAAAGAAUCCACCUGCAGUGCAGGAGACACGGGUUCAGUCCCUGCAUUGGGAAGAUCCCCUGGAGAAGGGCAUGGCAACCCACUCCAGUGUUCUUGCCUGGAAAAUCCCAUGGACUGA